AUGUUGAAAACAGCUAGUUCACCCGUCACCACCACCGAUCCCGCAUAUUGCGCUAGCAGCGAGGAGUUGUGCUUCAACGACGGGAUCAAGGAUAAUUGCUAUACGUACCGCACCUCCACCACUACCACCACCACCACCACCGAUCGGCCGUAUACCCAAGCCCCGUCCAGAGACUGCGUUCGUGUCUUCUGGCCGAUGACCCCCGCUUCCGUCAUCGCCGAAGCCGAUCCCUCAACGGGCGCUUGCCCGCAGAAUACCCACUAUAGCCCGGACGUCACCCAGGAUCCGCCAAAGUGCACCACCGUCGGGGAAUUCUGUUACAGCGCCAGCGGCGUUGGCAAGUGCUACCCUGCGGCAGCAUGUGCUAAGCUGGACGCUGCAGCCGGGCUGGUAAAGUCAACCAACGCCCCAGACAAGACCACCGACCCGGCCAACUGUACCACCGAUGGAGAGAAGUGCUAUGACGACGGAACGGGCGAUGCCUGCUACGCGCCGCCCACGACGACAAUGUUGACCACCGCUGCCUCAUCCGAGGCGACGGGCAGCACGGCCGCCACCGGAUCGACCACCGCGUCCAGCGAGUACACCGGAAGCUGUGUCGAUUCCAACACUAAG